AUGGCUGUGUGUACAGUUUAUCCGCAGGUGAAUCAGGACACCCAAGCCGACAUAAAUCUUCAAUGCACGAAAAACGAUAUGAUGGUGAUCAAAUUCAAUUCUGGAAGGUACAUUAUCGAGCGAAGUAUAUCCGAAUACGAAUGGACUUUCGUGAAUUUGACCAAGGGAAGUUUCGCGAUAAUUACGAAUUUAACAGCGGGUACUAUGUAUCGGUACCGUUUGUAUAACAUGACAGAGAAUGGAAUUUCACGGCCGGAAACGUCGGAUUGGUUCCCAACAUUUGCCGCCGAUUAUAUGCCAUUACCUGUGAAAAAUCUAACGCCGUUAGAAAUAGAAACGGAUACAUUAAACGAGUGCAAACUUAGUGCAGAAAUCGCUUUUGAACCGGCAGAAGAUCGGAGUUGUAUUUACUACGUAUCAGCCACGAUUGGAGGGAACAUAUUUUUUAAUUUUUUUACUAAAGUGGUGAAGGAAUUUCAAUUCAAUGUACAUCAUUUAGAAAUGGGUCAGAAUAUCAACGUAACUAUUUCAUCGGUUAACGUAUACGAUACUGAAGUCAGUGCCAUAAAUUAUAUAGUAUUUGAUACACCUACUUGUCUGGAAUAUUAUGCCGAUUUGACCAUAUGCAGGCCGGACAUGGUAAAAGGAUUGCGAACCGAACAUAUCUAUCGUGACAAGGAUUUAUACGAUCUUGGGAUUUUUUGGGACAAGUCAUCCCCAGAGCCAGAUAAUUAUAUCAUAAUGAUUGAUUUACACGGGGAUGGAGAACAAAUUUACACUCGUAGUGUACCUGGCAAUAAUACCGAGGAUUUUAUUUCAAAAGUGAAAUUAGGACCUCAAUAUAUUAUAAGCAUCGUCGCUGAUUCUUUGGGCGGAAGAAGUAUACCAGAGUCUAUUAAAAAUAUUAUAAGAGAACGCACAAUAACUGCAUAUGAAUAUUUUUACACAGCGAUUAAUUUUAAUCAAAGAGAUUUACCCAUCGAAGUGAGCAAGAAACUUUUAUCUCAAUAUUACGAUCCGGAAAUUAACAACUCUGUUUCAUUGACAUUGACAAACGAUCAAUACGAAUUUCGCCCAAAAUUGUUGGCAAUCAAGAGUGUUCUUGGCAGUGGAGCUUAUGGAAUCGUAAUGCUAGGCUCUUUGCAAGAAAAAUUUGACAAUGUCAUCGAUGUGGCAGUUAAAAUGCUUAAAGACAAUGCAACUACGGAAGAGUUGGAAAAUUUUCGUAAAGAAAUGUUGAUUAUGAAAUUCGUUAAUCAACAUCCAAACAUAGUCUCGUUAAUCGGUUGUUGUCAUUUGUAUGAUAAACCAGUGUUGGUAGUAGAAUAUUGUUGUAAAGGAGACUUACAAACAUACUUAAAGACGAUCUGGCAAAAUAUGGUAAGCGUUGCGUUUAAUCACAAAACUCGUUUGAAGCUUAACGUAAACGAUGCAAAUAGCAUAAAGUAUAUUUCGAAGAAUGCUGGUGGAAAACAUCACAAUUAUGAAAAUAUUCAACAAAUGAUCGAAAAUCAUCUAUACGAUAUCGAACAAGAUAUAUCACAAAGUACGGAAUUUGUGACAGCGAAUGACUUGUUAAAUUUUGCGAGGCAAAUCGCUACAGGAAUGGAAUUUUUAUCAUCGAAUCGAAUAGUGCAUCGUGACUUGGCUGCACGAAAUAUACUAGUGUGCGCAGACAGAAAGGUGAAAAUUUCGGAUUUUGGUCUGAGUCGUGAUGUGUAUCAAGAAAAUUUAUACAAAAAAACAGGAAGCGGUAAAUUACCUUUAAAAUGGAUGGCAAUCGAAGCUAUAACGCAUCAAACGUAUACAACCUAUAGUGACGUAUGGUCCUUUGGAAUUUUAUUAUGGGAAAUUGUAACCAUGGGUGCUAUUCCAUACCCUGGAAUUUCCACUAGUGCAAUCCUGAAGCUUUUAAAAUCUGGUUAUAGAAUGGAACAACCUGUGAGUUGCAGCGUGGAACUAUACAAUAUUAUGUUUUCUUGUUGGAAUGAACGACCUCAGAGUAGACCUGUGUUUACAGAAUUAAAAGAGAGCUUAGACAAAUUACUCUCCUACCAAUCCGACAACAAGUACUUAAAUAUGAACGAGAUGUUAUAUGAAGCGCCAGAACAGUAACAUAUAUCUGAAAAAUAAAAUUUUGAUCUAUUCAUUAAUUAAU